AUGGCUGAAAUCAAUCGGCUUUUGCCAUUCUAUCAAGAUCUCGACUUUGAGACUGCCGACCUUAUCCUGCAGUUGCAACUGGAAGAUGUGGAACACGUCCGGGACAGAGCCAAGGGCAAACAACGCGAAGGCACUGAACCUGACGAUUCGCAGCAGGCUCUGGCCAUGAUGGAAUCCGACCUGCAAUCCAUGCGAAGUCUCAUCGCCGACAGACACAUGUCUCGGAGCAUUGCCGCCGCAGUCCUGGCCGAUCGUCCGGCGAUUGAAGAAUCAAUCCGAGAAGAAGAAAUCGCGCAUCGAGAUCGUAUCAUGGCACAGCGCCUGAACGGAAGCGACUUCACGGAUACAACCCAAGAUCAGCCCGAAUCUGGAGAAAUCAAAGACAGUCUCCUGUCAAAACUCGCCGGAAUGUACAUGUGUGAAGAUGACGAAACUCUGAGCGUCAUCGCUGGUCUUUCUAAUGAGGUCUCAGACAUCGAGGACGGCACAAGUCGUGCAGAAAGCUCCACCCAAGCCUCUUCCAGACGGUCUGAGUCUCGUGAGAUAAAAUGUGAAGCCUGCCACGACCGCAAGGAACACUUCGAGGUCAUGACAAACGCAUGUGGACACGCCUAUUGCAAGACUUGCCUGCAGGAACUGUUUGAGUUAUCGACGCGAGACGAGUCUUUGUUCCCUCCUCGUUGCUGCAAGCAGCCCAUGGACAUCGACGACGUGCAGAUCUUCCUCACCAAAGAACUCAAGGACCAAUUCCAGAAGGCCAAGGUUGAAUUCGGGACCAAGAACCGAACUUAUUGUUCGCGUGGAGCUUGUUCGGCUUUCAUCCCCAGCGCUUCCAUCGAAGGUGAUUUGGCGACUUGUCAAGUGUGCUUGACGAUGACAUGCGCCAUCUGCAAGGAGGGUGCUCAUGGAGGAGAUUGCCCAGAAGACACAACUCUGCAAGAGGUUCUGGCUGCGGCAACUGAGAAUGGAUGGCAACGAUGUUACUCCUGCCGACGAAUCAUCGAGAUAGAUUACGGAUGUAAUCAUAUGACUUGUCCAUGUGGUGCUGAAUUCUGCUACGUCUGUGGUGAGCGUUGGAAGACUUGCAGAUGUCCGCAGUGGGAUGAGAACAGAUUACUUGAACGAGCGAAUGUUCUUGUCGACCGCGACGUGCCAAACAUGAACGCUGCUGAUCCGCAUCGAGAGAACAGAGUCGAGGACGCGGCUGAGAUGUUGAGAGAAAGACACAACUGCAAUCAUACUCGUUGGAGGUACAUUCGAGGAUCCCAUAGAUGUGAAGAGUGUCACGAUAGGUUGCCGAACUACAUCUUUGAAUGCCGCCAAUGUCGGAUUCAGGCCUGCAAUAGGUGUAGACUAAAUCGUCUGUGAGUCGGAGUAGGGGCUAAAGAGUGAAUUUGGCUUUGGAACACUGUCUGCUGUCUGAAAGCUUGGAAAACGGUGCGGUGUGUCGGAGCAAA